AUGCUGCCGAAGCUACCGUCAAGAUUCGGUCUACAUCCAAACUCACAGUUUAUGCGUGCACUUGGACCUUCUGGAGAUAUACGACGUGCCCGUCAACUGUUUGAUGAAAUUCCCCACCCAGAUAUUCGAUCCUGGACGCUCUUGAUCACCGCAUACACGAGGAGUGGAUUUCCAAAAGAAGCAUUGGAAGUCUAUGACGAAUUGCGAGAAAAGAAAGUUCAUCCUGAUCAGUUGGCACUAUUAUCAGUAACCAAGGGUUGUGCUGCUUUGGGCAACUUGAUAAAGGCAAAAGGUGUUCACGAAGAUGUAAUUAGAUAUGGUUAUCGCGCUGAUUUGCUCCUUGGAAAUGCACUAAUUGAUAUGUAUGGAAAGUGUAAAUAUGCUCUAGGUGCAAGAGAGGUUUUUGAUAAUUUAAGUGCUAAAGAUGUUAUCUCUUGGACGUCGAUGAGUUCUUGCUAUGUUAAUUGUAAACUUCCAAGUGAGGCGAUAAUAAUGUUCCGUGAAAUGGGGUUAAAUGGGAUGAGGCCUAAUCCUAUUACAUUGUCUACUGUACUUCCUGCCUGCUCAGAUUUGAAAAGUUUGAAUUUGGGUAGAGAGAUUCACGGGUAUAUUGUGAAAAAUGGAAUACAUGAUAAUGUGUAUGUUAGCAGUGCUCUUGUGGACAUGUAUGCUAGUUGUUCGAGUAUCAAACAAGCAGAGACGGUAUUUAAUAGUAUGCGUCAGUUUGACUAUGUUUUAUGCAAUGUUAUUAUGUCAGCAUAUUUCUCAAAUGGGGAAUGUGACAAAGCACUUCGCAUCUUUGAUCAGUUGCGAAAAGGAAGAACCAAACUGAAUCACGAUUCCUGGAAUUCUGUUAUUGGAGGGUGUAUGCAAAGUGGAAGAACAGGUAAGGCGCUUCAAAUACUUCAUGAAAUGCAGCAGUCAGGUGUAAAACCAAAUAAAAUCACGAUCACCAGUGUAUUACAUAAUUGUAUAGAUCUAGGAAGCAUAAGAAGAGGGAAGGAGAUUCAUGGUUUUCUCCUUCGACAUUUAUUUUUGGAAGAUGAGACAGUCUUCACUGCUUUGGUAUUCAUGUAUGCUAAAUGUGGUGACCUAGAACUAUCUAACAGAAUCUUCUAUAUGAUGCCAAAAAAAGAUACUAUUGCUUGGAAUACAAUGAUUAUUGGAAAUUCAAUGCAUGGGAAGGGAGAGGAAGCCUUGUUGCUUUUCCGUGAAAUGGUAAGUUCAGGGGUGAAACCCAACUCUGUUACCUUUACUGGCGUCUUAUCGGGUUGCAGCCAUUCACAGCUGGUAGACAAGGGCCUUGUGAUCUUUUACGCAAUGAGAAAGGAACAUGGAGUUGAACCUGAUUCAGAACAUUAUUCAUGCAUGGUUGAUGCUCUAAGCCGUGCUGGUCGCCUAGAACAGGCAUAUAAUUUCAUCCAAAACAUGCCCAUGAAACCAAGUGCUGGUGCUUGGGGAGCAUUGCUUGGUGCAUGUAGAGUAUAUAAGAACGUGGAAAUGGCACGAGUUGCUGGAAAACAACUGUUGGAGAUUGAACCAGAAAACGCUGGAAACUAUGUUUUAUUGUCCAAUAUCUAUGAAGCUGCCAAAUUACGAGAGGAGGCCUCAGAAAUUAGGAAAUUGAUGAGAGAAAGAGGAAUUAUGAAAGUUCCUGGUUGUAGUUGGAUUCAAGUGAAAGACAAAGUGCAUACUUUUGUUGUCGGUGACAAGAAUAAUGCUCAGACUGCAGUCAUUUACAGCUUUUUGACUGAAGUAGGUGAAAAGAUGAGGUUAGCUGGGUAUUUACCCUGUACAGACCUUGUUGGCCAAGAUCUUGAUGCAGAGGAGAAGGAAAACAGUUUGUGCAAUCACAGCGAGAGGCUUGCUGUUGCCUUUGGGAUUCUUAAUUUGGAUGGUGCAUCAUCCAUUACGGUGUUCAAAAACUUGAGAAUUUGUGGAGAUUGCCAUAAUGCCAUUAAGUAUUUGGCUAAGAUUGUCGGGGUGCAGAUCAUUGUGAGAGAUUCUCUAAGAUUUCACCAUUUUAAAGAUGGGUUAUGCUCCUGUAGAGAUUUUUGGUGAAAUAACAAAUGCCAUCAUGCAUUAAACUUGAUAAGCUGCAAAUGUAAUUCGUUCUUUAAGGGAUAUUUGGUGGACUAAGCUGAUAAUACUAUGAAGAAGGUUCUUUU